AUGAAUGGAUACUGCGGCUACAGACACAUUGACUGUACAGCAUCUUACGGAAAUGAGCAAGAGGUCGGUGAAGCCCUUACUGAACGAGUCGGACCGGGACAGGAUCCUAUGCGGACACGAUGUUUUAUAACCUCCAAAUUAUGGAACAUCACAGACGUGGAAGAUGCCUGUAAGAAAUCUUCAUCAUAUCUGGGGCUCAAUUACCUGGAAUUGUACCUCAUGCACUGGCCAAUGGCCAUGGUAAGAGAUAAGCUUAGACGACCUGAUGGAACAAUGUAUUAUGAGGACACUCACUACAGAGACACGUGGACAGCCAUGGAGAAGCUGGUUGACAACGGGCUGGUAAAAGCCAUCGGUCUGUCAAACUUCAAUGCCAGACAGAUUGAUGACAUUCUCAGCAUUGCCAAACACAAGCCUGUGGUUAACCAGUGUCAUCCAUGUCAUCCAUAUCUCACUGUUGCCUUUAGUCCUCUGGGUUCUCCUGAUCGGCCUUGGUAUACACCUGGAGAAGCCUUACUGCUUGAUGAUCCAAGGGUGAUGGAUAUGGCCAAGCACUACAAUAAGACUCCUGCACAUGUCAUCAUCAGAUGGCAUGUACAGAGAGGUGUCAUCUGCAUCCCCAAAAGCAUCAUGCCAUCCAGGAUCCAGAAAAAUAUUGAGGUGUUUGAUUAAUUAUCUGAUGAAGACAUCAAGCUUAUUGAAUCCUUUAACAGGAACAUGAGGCUGAUCAUUUCAACUAUAGAGAAAGAUGGAAAGGUUUGGAGAGAUGCCAACCAGCCACAAUUUCCUUUUUUACGACCCAUAGUAACUGGACAUACAAUUAAAAACUAAACAAGUGGAAAAUUCAUAAAUUGCUAAAACAAUUAAAACAAAAAUAAGUUCAAUAGUUUAAUGUACUUUUAUAGUCACUUGUUUAAAGACACGUUUCAAACAUACAGUUGAUAUACAUUUAAUCAAACCAGAAUAAUCAAAUAGAACGUUGCAAACCAACUGUGAAAAGAAAAUUAAAUUAUUAAAGAAACAACUUGAAGACAAAUUCUCAAUAGCUGUCAUUUGGGAUCGUAGACAAAUAUAAACACGCCAUUACAAUGUUGGGUCCAUUUGUGAAUUUUAUUUAACAUUUUUCAACCUUGUAAUACAUUAUAUGCUACAUUCAUAAAAAAAAUGAAGUCAUUAGCAAUUUCUUUUUUUCAUUUUCUUUUUUGAAUCCUUCCAACAGCCUAGCAUUAAACCCACCACUAAAGCUGCUCAUACAGGUUGUGAAAAGUUAAUGAAAUCAUCAAAUAUUGUGUAUGUUUUCAUUUAAAUGCAACCCCACCCACAGAAUGUUAAGAUCAAAGUUCUCAGAAAUCAUCCUUUCACAAACCAGAGCAAAACACAAGCAGCUACAUGCUUUUCUCUAUCAACAAAGGGAGGUGGACAGAGGAGGAAUAAGAAGCGAAUAAAAAACAGGGGGAAUGGACAUAAGCGGAAAAUAAACAAAAAGCACAGUCCUAAAAAGUGGAAUUUUUUAUUUUUUGUCUUUUGUACACGAUGGCCAGUAUGAAGAGAGGCCUUUGAGGGUAAACCACAC